GGCUGGCUCUCUCGUGUUGCAUAGUUGCCUCUCAUCUUUUCUGCUCUCACAUUGUGCUGUUGUCGUCGUCGUGUCUGGUGCUUUCUCCUCUUCUCUCGACAUUCGCUUGCACGACACAAACAGAAACUCGAUCGUUGCCUUAAAUUCACCCCUCGAAAUCAGGAACCUCCCGUUCUCCUGCUUACCGACGAGACAAACUCCUAUUGCCACGCUCCUAGCACUCGUUACAACCACAAAUUAGACACAGAGGUUGUUCCUCUGCCCGGAAUUCAUCAUGGCGGGACCUGGCAGCCGCAUGUCGGUCUACUCGAAUCAUUCGAACGCUCCUCGACCGGCCCAACCUUCUGCACAAGUCUCAACUACAACACUGCUCAAUGCGCUGCACUCUGUAUGGACCAGCAGUCAGCCGUACGCUCUUGAAUCCAGCACUAGUCUGGUCGUCAACACAUGGGUCACUAGCCUAAUCGUCGGCCCUGAUGGAAGGCAAGGUGGUACUGUGGACGCCGAGCUGGGUCGACGUGCCUGGGAACACGCCAGGAGAAGAGCCGAAGAUGGCUGUGUUGUUCUGGGCUCUCUCCAUGAGUCGACACCCUCGCUUCUCGUCCCUUUUCUCUCCUCGCUACCUAUUGCGGUACCCUCAACUCUUUACACCGCCCUCAACGCCGUCCGCCCAUUCCUUUACUCAGUCACACCGCGCAAUCCCUCGGCAGCGCAGCACAACGGUCUUGCCGCUGUACUCAACCUCAACUUGGAGGGCGAGCUGACGGGCGCUUCUUUGAGCCUGUCUUCAUCUGGCAUCAAUGUCGCAAGAGGCCUUACUGAUGUGCCUGCUGAGAUUGGAUACCGUGCCUUUGAUGUCUUUUACUAUCUUCUCUCGAGCGCUUCGCCAGCCGAGAAGGAGUUCUUGAACCUGCAAGAACCCAAGGCUUAUUCUCUCUUGAAAAAGACCGACACUUACACUCCUCCGCUAUAUCUCCCAACAGCCGAUGAUGCUGCCGCUGCGGACGACUUCCGCGCCUCGCUCAAGGAAAUUGGCAUCAAAGGAGCUGCUCUCAGGAACAUGCUUUCUGUCGUCGCCGCCAUUCUCAAGCUGGGAGAGACUAUGGGUUUCUUGGUUGACGAAGAUGUUCUCGAGAACGUUUGCGAAGAAGUGGCCGAUUUGCUGGAUUUAGACACUGCCGUCUUGACCAAGAAGUGCGACACGAUGGAGCGUCAAACUUUGAUGGCUGCCAUCUACGAGGCUCUGGUCGACUGGGUCAUUGCUCGUGCCAACGAGGCCAUCCGCAUGGAGCUCCGUAACGGAGGUGUCGUCAACUCGUCCAGUGGAAGCGACACUGAGAACUCCGGCGGUGUUCUGACCCCCCCUCCAGGCGAGGAGGGCGCAGAUACUGUCAGCCUUACUAUCCUGGAUUUGCCUAGUGUGACGCUGGGUAAGGCCAUGGCCCUUCGUACUGUCUUUGAUGACUCGACGGGUAUCAACCUCGAGAUGAAAGAAGAUGGCGUGCCCUCAUAUCAAGCCGGAUCCUCGGUCAUCAAAGAGAUGAAUAACGCUGUUGCCGAGAACGAAGCCGAACUCGAGGUCCAGAAUUCUGUUGCGACAAGGGAACGUGAGGAGAUCCUCGACCGUCGCGAGGCUCUGCUUGAGAAAGUGGGACUUGAGACCGAGGCCGACAGCUUUUUGAGACGCCUUUUGUAUCCUAUCGAAGGCGAAGGUAUUCAACUUGGUAAGACUGGCCGGUUCAGCCUUACAAACCUUCUGGGAAGCAGUCGUGUUUGGUUCCAACUCGCUCUCCACCCCACCGAUGAAUCACCAGCAUCUUUGGCAAACCACUCGCCCAACACUUUCCCAUGGUCUGCAGGAUCUGUGUCUAGCCAGAUUCGCUCAUGGAGACUUCCCGAGUGGGCCAACCACCGUAACAAGAAGCUUGAUUACACUGCCGAUUUCGACAUCAACGAAUUCCAGGAGCGUUAUGCGCGUCUUGGCUGUCAGUUCGGCCGCGAUGGUGUUGAAAGUUGGGUUAUGGAACGUGGUUGGAGCAAUGGCGAAGUCGUCAUCGGCCACGAAAGAAUCUGGAUCCGUGAGGCACCUUGGUGGGAAGCCGAAAGCAUGCUUGAUCUGAAGCCUAUGGAUCCUUCAAUGGACGCUGGGCCAUUUGGUGGUCAAUACCAGGUGUCUACUCCCAUGGUCGAGGACGGUUUCUACCAACAACCCUACCACGAUAACCCUAGCAACCCUUUCUUGAGUCGCAACCAGAGUUUCGCAAGCAGAAGUCAGCUCGGAGCCAAAUCAAUUGCGCCUUCAAAAGCACCAACUCAGCAAGGCCGCCCUGGAGACUACGGUCUUGGUACUAAGGGCGACGACAAGUACGGUGAUGUGACCUACUAUGGCGAGAUUGAAGAUGGUGACGCCAAAGUUGUCACCGAGGUUCCCAUCACCUUCAGUCGCAAGGCUUGGAUUUGGGCUGUAUGGGCUUUGACCUUCUACAUUCCCUCGUUUGCUCUUCGUUACCUUGGUCGCAUGAAGAGACCUGACGUUCGUCAAGCGUGGAGAGAGAAGUUUGCCCUCAUGAUCAUCAUCUUCAUCAUCAACGCCGUCGUCGUUUUCUACAUCGUCGCAUUUGGUCGUUUACUUUGCCCGAACUUCGACAAAGCUUGGAAUGCUAAGGAAGUCGGCUACCACGCGGCAUCCAAUGACUACUAUGUCAGUUUCCGCGGUCAUGUCUACGAUCUUACCAAAUUCCACAAGACCCAGCACAGUGACUCCACCACUACCACGACUACUACUAACAUGGAGCCUUUUGGUGGCACUGAUGUCAGCGAAUACAUUGUUCCUCCUCUUACCGUCGCUUGUCCCGGAUUGGUAGGAUCUUCAUCAACCAUUUCACUUACCUCAAACACGACUUUGGAAUACCCCCAAGCCACACACAGUUCAGGCCCUGUCGCCGCCCCCGAUACGGAUUCGAAACUGAACAGCAUCAACUGGUACAGAGAUGAUUUCUUGCCUAAGAUGAAGGAGUUCUACAAGGGUGAUCUAGUUGUCAAGCAGAGCAAAAUCAAAAGCGACGGCCAAGAUCUCAAUCACUAUUGGUUCACCAUGGACAACAAGCUCUACGAUAUGACUGAUUACUUCCAUACUCUGGAUUUGAUGAACAACCUCGACACUUACGAGUUCUUCCCCGAUACAUUCUCAUCCAUGGUUCAGAGCAAUCCUGGUCUCAAUAUCAAGAAAGAAUUCAACGAAAAGUUUGGUGGCAACGUGACCCAACAGUCCGCAAUCACCAACUGCUUGGACAAUAUGUUCUAUGCUGGAAAGGUCGAUUUCAGAAAGUCUGCCCGCUGCCAGGUAAACAACUACAUCUUGUUGAGUUUCACCAUCAUCCUCUGUACCGUCAUUGUGGUCAAGUUCCUGGCUGCCCUUCAGUUUGGUUCCAAGCCUCGACCAGCACCGCAAGACAAAUUCGUCAUCUGUCAAGUACCUGCCUAUACUGAGGGCGAAGAUCACCUUAGGAAGGGUCUCGAUUCGCUCACGUCAUUGGCAUACGACAAUAAAAGAAAGCUCAUUUGUGUUAUUUGCGACGGCAUGAUUGUUGGAGGGGGUAACGACCGCCCAACACCCAAGAUCGUUCUGGAUAUUCUCGGUGUCGAUCCCAAGAUCGAUCCUCCUGCUCUCCCAUUCAAGUCUAUUGGUGCUGGUGCCGAACAACUGAACUACGGCAAGGUCUACUCUGGUCUGUAUGAAUUUGAAGGCAACGUCGUCCCAUACAUCGUUGUCGUCAAGUGCGGCAAAGAGUCUGAACAAGUCAAGGCCAAACCUGGUAACCGUGGUAAGCGUGACUCUCAAAUUCUGCUCAUGAGCUUCCUCAACAGAGUCCACCACCGCUCUCCUAUGUCGCCGCUCGAGCUGGAGAUGUUCCAUCAAAUCAACAACGUUAUUGGUGUGGAUCCUGAACUCUACGAAUACCUGCUCAUGGUCGACGCCGAUACUCUGGUCAAGGAAGACGCUCUUACUCGCCUCGUUGCCGCUUGUACCAACGAUUCCAAGAUCGCCGGUAUCUGUGGUGAAACCAGUCUCGAAAACGAAGAACAAUCUUGGACUACCAUGAUUCAGGUUUACGAGUACUACAUUUCCCAUCACUUGUCAAAGGCCUUCGAGAGUUUGUUCGGCAGUGUCACCUGUCUUCCUGGAUGUUUCACCAUGUACCGUCUCCGAACAGCAGAUAAGGGCAAACCUCUUAUUAUCGCCGAUGCCGUCAUCGAAGAGUACAGUGACUGCAACGUUGACACCCUGCACAAGAAGAACUUGUUGUCUCUUGGUGAAGAUCGUUGGUUGACCACGUUGAUGACCAAGAACUUCCCCACAAUGUCUUUCAAGUUUAUUCCCGAUGCAUACGCUCAAACUGCUGCUCCAGAGACUUGGAGUAUUCUUCUCUCUCAGAGACGUCGCUGGAUUAACUCGACCAUUCACAACUUGGCUGAACUCAUGCUCAUCAAGGACAUGUGUGGUUUCUGUUGUUUCUCCAUGCGCUUCGUCGUGUUCAUCGAUCUGUUCGGUACUGUCAUCCUUCCCGCCACUGUCGUAUACCUAGUCUACCUCAUCGUCACCGCAUCCACUGGUGGUCAGUUUCCUCUGAUUUCCAUCAUUAUGUUGGCUGGUGUGUACGGUCUGCAAGCAAUUAUCUUCAUUGCGAAGAGACAAUGGCAGCACAUUGGAUGGAUGAUCUGCUACCUGGCUGCCUACCCCCUGUACUCGUUUGUCUUGCCUGUCUACUCUUUCUGGAAGCAGGAUGAUUUCUCAUGGGGUAAUACUCGUGUUGUAAUCGGAGAGACAGGUACCAAGCAAGUCAUUGCUGUAGAUGCCGAAACGUUCGACCCUCGCAGCAUUCCUCUCCAACGCUGGGACGACUAUGCCUAUGUCAACCAACUUCCUGGUCGUCGUGGUAUGGUUGCACAGGAGAAGGAGAUGGGCUUCUCGCCUUUCCAGGAUAACGGUGGUUACGAGAUGGAUGAAAUCCGCUCAGUCUACUCGUCUGUUCACCCGGCCUCCACCAUCCUCACUGGUCUUCCCAACAACAACAUGCCCUACCGCCCUCCUACCCAAUCUCCUGGCCCCUACAACGCAUACAACCGUAUGUCGAGCUACUCUCGCUUCACAGACGCUAUGCCUGGUGCCAACGAGAACUCUCGCCUCAUGUCCAUGGGCAACAUGAGCGAUGCCUCACCACACCUCACCCGCAACCCAAGCGGCCAAUACCUGUCGUCUCAACCCGACCUGCUUGCACCCAAGCUCUCGCCACCCCCCUCUGCCGGCUUCCCUCCUCGUUCUCGCAGCCCGCUUUCGCAGACCGCAUCUCGUCCGGCCAGCACAUUCGGCCUACCUGGCUUCCAAACCCAAGGAGUCACCGAUGGUCAAAUCGUUGAUGCCGUCAGAGACUGCUUGAGAGAAGUUGACUUGGACAACGUGACAAAGAAGCAACUCAAGGUACUCACAGAGCAGAGACUAAAGGUCCAGCUUGACCCUCAAAAGAGAGCUUUCCUCGACCAGCAAAUUGACUUUGAACUGGCCAACAUGUAGAAGGAGGAAAGAAAAAGGGAGAAGGUGCAUAUCUUGGAGUCUUUUUGUUUUUUUCAAUGGGAUCACAUAUUUUGGGGAGUUUUGGUGGAAUUUAUUAUCUGUCAAUCAUUUUCACCUUAAUGGAUCAAUGCCAAAGAAUUGUCUAUAACUAUGCUCUUGUCUUAUACAGUGUUCUCAAUAGUUCGGUUCAUACCAUCGCUGCUGCUUCAAGCCCAGAUGAGCGCAGUACAAUUCGACCACAGGACAAUCCCGUCUGACCAUCUCAUCCUCGCCGUCAAACGAGGUAAGUCUGAAGGCACAACUUCCCAAUCCAAAACAACUGACGGAAAACAGACAACGC